AUGCCCCCCGACAUUUCGCUUCCGAGGGCUAUGACGGCCGAGGUGGGGGAGAAGCACGUGAGUCCGUGGAUGCUUAGGUGUUCGGUGGGGAUUCCCAUCUUUAUGCCGUACUCGUCCCACCCGCUCUUCACCGCCACGCAGUCGUCGCCAGACAUGAUGUACGCGUUGCGUAUGCGAAUAUCCGAGCAUGAAUCUGUUGUAGGAGAAUCGAUGAGGGUAAGAUUGGUUAUUACCACCUUGGUUGAAUACAUGAUCUCAAUCAAGUAUGGUCUUGUGAUGAGCGUGAAAUUACUUGUGAGACUGAACGACCCCGUCAACCAAUUUCCGGGCGGGACAAUGAGCAAUGCUCCGCCAAUUGACCCGUACGUGCUCAAAUCGGCAAUGGCCUUCUCAAACGCGGCCGUGUUUAAUGUCUUUCCAUCACCUUUCGCACCGUAA